AUUGGUUGUGUUGAUUGUUUUCCAAUUGUUUCCGUGAUUAAUUGUAGUGUUUAAAUUUACUAAUUACAAAUUAGACUGUCUAAUUGUCACCACAAACGAACAAACUUGAUUGGAAUUCUUUUUUACCGUCUUGGUUUCCUUUUCUUUCUUUGUGAUUGUUUUUUUCUCUAUAUUUUUUUCCUUUGUGUUUUUCAUUUUUCAAAGAAAAAAUCUAAAUUUUUCUCUUUUGAUUGUACAAUUAAACUUGGACUCGAGAUGACAACUUCACAUGAGGCAACACUUAAAGCAUAUCAAAAAUGGUUAAAAGAUGCUAUCAAAUCGAUCACCGAUAAUUAUGUGGAAAUAAUUAAACUGGCAAAGGUUGAUAAUGAUGGACUUCCCAACAACACUACACCAUCUCGAGCACAAGAUCAUUAUGAAGUAAUUGUUAGAGCUGCUAAUAUGGUUCGAGCUCAGGAAUCAUUGAUCAAAUUAAUCUACCAAUUGAAACAAUUCUAUAUCAUAAACGAUUUUAAAUUGAUCAACAAGGCAAUUUCCAAUGAGAAUAAGAAUUUCAAAGCCGAUGAGAUUGACAUGAAGUUGACAAAUUUACGAAAUGAGAUCACAGCUGAAUUGGUCGUUUUAGAGGAAGAAUAUUACAAUUCUUUAUAUAAAUAGUUCCUCCAAACAAGGUUAACAUUUUGUGUAAUUUGGUCUAAUAGAAUAAUUAAUCGUCUCAAUUAACACUGUACAAUAAUCCAAAUCUGAAAAAGAAAAGACCAAAAUUAAAUGGUAAAAGAUAAUUGUCAACAUCUCAA